ACGAGAAUCAUGUGACCCUUCAACAGGUGUACCUCUUUUCAUCAUUUAUUAUCAUAAAUCAUAAACACAUAACCAAUUCUUCUCAUCUUUUCCUCAACUAUAUAUAUACACAUAUCUCACUUAUUCCACCUUUAAUACUUCACACAAAACACAUAACACACGUACUACUUACUUCUUCACAUUUCUAGAAACUUCUCUUCAAAAACCUCUGUCUCAACCAGAAAGUUUCCUUUUUUAAUCUUCUUGUUACAAAAAUAUUAAAAACAUGACGAAGUUUGUACGCAAGUAUAUGUUUUGCAUCGUCCUAGUCUUCGCCGCGUGUUCUUUGGUCGUUAACUCCAUUCGCACGCCGCCACUAAAAAUCACGGUCAAUGGCGGAGAAAAGAAAAACUCCGAUAUGGAACAAGCUCAAAGGCACCACGAGGAAAUAGGGAAAAAAGGAGGGGUAGAAAUGGAAAUGUACCCGACAGGAUCAAGCUUACCGGAUUGUUCAUACGCGUGUGGCGCAUGCUCGCCGUGUAAACGUGUGAUGAUUAGUUUCCAAUGCUCAGUCGCCGAAUCAUGUAGCGUCAUUUACAGAUGCACGUGCAGAGGAAGAUACUAUCACGUGCCAUCUAGAGCUUGAAUUGAAUCUCUGCCGUUUAUUUUAUUUUCUUUUUGACGUUUGUGAUUAAAAUAUCAGUUUUGGCGGGUUGGCGGCGAAACUUUUUUUUUUAUUGUACAAUAUGUUGGGAUAUUUAAUUAAAUGCUAUUGGCCCACUUUGAAGUCUUAUAAUUAAUAUUGGGCUUUAUUAGGCCUUUUCAAA